CGUAAACAAUAACGCCUAAGUGUUCUACAGAAAUAAUAAUGACAAUUAUAGUGGCUGUAAUUUCAGCAGCUUGUUUUGUACAGCUAAGUUUUGCUGUUGGAACUUCUGGAAGCCAUGCGCACCUGUUCAGCAAUGAAGUCUCUAACAUAAGCUUUCCAAAUGGUUUCAUGUGGGGUUAUGCAUCGGCUGCUUACCAAGUUGAAGGUGGUUGGGAUGCAGAUGGAAAAGGUGAAAGUAUUUGGGAUUAUGACGCUCAUAACCAUGCCAAUUGGUUUCCAGCUGGGCAAAACGGUGACGUAGCUUGUGAUGCUUAUCACAAAACAGAAGAAGAUGUAGGUCUUCUGGUACAUCAAGGAGUCAACACCUACAGAUUUUCAAUUGCGUGGUCCAGAGUCUUACCUACUGGUCGUAUUGACAACAUUAACCAAGCAGGUAUUGAUUACUAUAAAGAUCUCAUUAAAAGGCUCAAGGAAAACAACAUUGAACCACUUGUCACAAUGCACCAUUGGGACAAUCCUAGAGCUAUCGAAGACGAUGGUGGAUUUUUGAAUGCUAGUGUCUUUAUUCCCGCUUUCGUCGACUACGCAACGCUUCUCUUCGAACAAUUCGGCGACGACGUCAAAUGGUGGAUAACUUUUAACGAACCCAAACAAAUUUGUGGCGGCGGAUACGAUUACGGUGGCUUCUCUCCUCAAACCUUGAGUUCUGGCAGAGGAGGCUACAUUUGCGCUCACAAUUUACUUAAAGCUCACGCCAAAGUAUACAGGGUAUACGAUGAGAAAUAUAGGACUAAGCAAAAUGGUAAAAUUUCAAUGGUUAUUGAUGAAUCCUGGAAUGAGCCUGCUUCGAAUUCAUCAGCGGAUAUCGAAGCUUCUGAACGUGUAAAUUUGAUGACUUACGGAUGGUUUGCUCAUCCCAUCGUUUAUGGUGACUAUCCAGAAAUCAUGAGAACUAGAAUCGAUAAGCGUAGUGCUCAACAAGGACUUUCUGAAUCUCGUCUUCCAGUUUUUACCGAAGAAGAGAAAUCUGAAUUAAAAGGAAGUUACGAUUACUUAUCUGUCAACAUGUACACUACAGUUCUUGCAGCUGCCACUCAAGACUUUCCAAUUGAUCAAAUCAGUUACGGUGCAGAUAUUUCAGUGAACACUUACCAACCCGACGAUUGGGAAAGAACGGCAGCAGAUUGGUUCAGGGUGGUUCCUUGGGGUGCUCGUCAUUUAGUCAGAUGGAUUGCACAGACAUAUGGCGAUAAAAAGGGCAUUAUCGUUACUGAAAAUGGUUAUACCGACAAUGGUGAAGUACUUGACGAUUUGGACACAAGAGGCCGUUUCCACAAGAUGUAUCUUAGUAACCUGAACGACGUUAUUUAUAAGGACGGCGUUAAUCUGAUUGGAUAUAUGGCCUGGAGUUUGAUGAAUGAUGUUGAAUGGUAUGCUGGAUGGUUAACUAAUCUGGGACACUACCAUGUGGACUUCAACAGUGAAAACAGAACCAGAACAGCAAAAGCAUCAGCUUCAUAUUACAAACAUAUAGUGACUACCAAUUGCCUUUUGGAUUCCUGUGUACCAACUACGAAGAAAAUUAAUCUGUAAAUAAAUUGCUCGUUUUAGUAAGUGAUUUACUAAUUAAACCCAAACUGAUGCGUUCUUGUAAUAUAUGUCUCAACAAAAGGUACACAAAAUUGAAAUUUAUUGUGCCCAGUUGUCCCAGCGCAGGGUCCUUAUUCUUGAAACAGGAGAGCAACGUUCCCAACGAGUGUUCUGUCUUUGUUAUUUAUAUGAUCAUUUGCAUAUCAUUGAAACCACAGCAUCUCAAAAGUCAACAAUCACUUUAGGUGUCUCAUGUGACAUAGUUUCACACAUAAACUAAAGUUGAUUUUAAUGCUGAACCUGUGCUGUUAGCAUAUUCAUUGUAUAGACAUUCCACCAUUCAACGUCCUGCAGGUAAGUUUACAAUAAUGGAGUUGUCAUAUAAGUUGUCACACGAGCUUAUGACCGUGUGGUUUUACCCAUUGCUUGCGAGUAAUAAACGACGCUGUUG